CUUUUUUAAAAAUAUUUCUUCGAGAAAAAUAUUGAAUUCGGUGGUAGCCGUGAUAAAACUAUAUCCCAAUCUUAGUUUCUUCAGCCCCACCACCCUCUCCUACCACCUCCAAGAUAGCGGGCUAAGUCAGUUUGGCUGAGUCGUUCGUCAUGGACUGGUUGCACGAAGGGGAUAGCAAUGUUACAUUUACGAUAAAUGGAACCGUAUAUCAUGCUGGGUCAGACGUGGGAGCGGACACCUCGCUCAACACAUACAUCCGGGAGUAUGCUCAUCUCAAAGGAACCAAAUACAUGUGCCAAGAAGGAGGAUGUGGUUCUUGUGUAGUCAACAUGACCGCCACGGAUCCUUCGACAGGACAUAGCAGGAGUUUUGCAGUCAAUUCGUGCCUUGUUCCCAUUCUGGCCUGCCACGGAAUGAGCAUAACUACCAUCGAAGGGAUCGGUAACAAGAAGAUUGGCUACCACAAGGUCCAGAAGGCGCUCUUCACCUUCAAUGGCACCCAAUGCGGCUUCUGCUCUCCAGGUCAAGUGAUGAAUAUGUACAGCCUACUAACGAGCAAUCCUCAAAUAAAAAUGGCAGAGGUUGAAAAUUCAUUUGGCGGUAAUAUCUGCCGGUGUACCGGUUACAGGCCUAUCCUGGACGCUUUCAAGUCACUCGCCUCUGACGCUACGAAUGACCUCAAACAUAAAUUGGCUGACAUUGAGGAUCUGGUAGAAAAGUGCACUAUCGAUUGCAAGAAGGAAUGUAAAGAAUGUCCGAAAAAAGAAGAGGUAGAUAGUGAUUAUUCCGACUUAUUCUUGGAGACUUCGAUGGCCCCGAAAAACCUUUGGGUGUCCUUGAAGAACGGGGUGAUUUGGUACCGGGUCUCGGACGUAUUCCAAGUUUUUCAACUCUUCGAUUUAAUCGGAGACUCUACUUACAUGCUUGUUGCAGGAAACACAGCACAAGGAGUGUAUAGACCAACGGCUUUGCCCAACGUUUACAUCGACAUUAAUGACAUAAGGCAGCUGAAGACAGCUACGGUCACCAAUGACCACGUUAUCCUCGGCGGUAACAUCACACUUAGCGACAUGAUUGCUCUGUUCAACAGGCUGUCCUCUCAGAAUCCCCUGUUUUAUGGGUAUACAAAAAAUCUGGCGACCCAUAUAGAUCUUGUGGCAAAUGUUCCUGUAAGGAAUGUUGGCACACUAGCUGGAAAUUUAAUGAUCAAGCACCAGCAUAGAGAAUUUCCUUCCGACAUAUUUCUAAUCAUGGAAACAAGUGGAGCAAGAAUAACAAUAAGGGACGAAACUGGAAUUGAAAUUACCAUGUCACUUAUUGAAUUUCUAGACACUGAUAUGCACAAAAAGUUAAUUAUUAAUGUUAUUCUUCCAGCACUCAGCAGUAACCAUUAUUACUUCAGGUCAUUUAAAACCCACGCCUACCACACAGAGGCAAUACUUGCUGGAAAAUCGCUCCUCAACUCUGCAGUACUAAACACUGCCAAGUUCUGUUUAGCUAAUGAAAUUCAGCCUGAGGAGGAAUCUGCAGAAGAAGCUUCAGCUACAUACAGGAAAAAACUAGCUAUUGCUCUAUUCUACAAGUUCAUUCUUGGAGUGAAUGGUACUCAUGCAGCAAAGGAAUACAGGUCGGGGGGACCAAAUUUAAUUAGACCUCUAUCGUCGGGUAAACAAGAAUAUCCAACAACCAGCUCUGAGCCUCCAGUCCAUCUUCCUAAACUGAAAUAUGAGGGUUUGAUACAGUGUUCAGGUGAAGCUGAGUACGUCGAUGACAUGCCAGAGCUUCCGGGUCAAUUAUAUGGAGCGCUUGUUAUAACAGAUAGGGCGAGAGCUAAAAUUAUCUCUGUGGACGCCUCUCUAGCUACAGUAAGUAUUAUAAGUGAAAACGUGAAGUAUGCUGGGCAGCCAUUGGGUAUAAUUGUUGCAAAAACACAGCAUCUAGCCAAUAAAGCAGCUAGGUUUGUAAGAGUACACUACUCAGCCGUAGUUAAACCACUACUAACCAUAAAAGAAGUUCUAGAGAGUGGAGAUUCAUCAAGAGUUCAACUCCGUGGACAUGUUGAUCCAGUAGCCAAAAAGGGAAACAUUACUCACAAAAUAAUUGGAGAGUUUGAAAUGGGAUCUCAGUACCACUACACAUUGGAAUUACAAACCUGUGUAUGCAUUCCUAAAGAAGAGGGACUCGAUUUAUACCCAUCAUCGCAGUGGAUGCAUAAUGUACAGGCAGCUGUGGCCAAAUCAUUAGGUAUACAGAUGAACAGUAUAAAUGUGAAAGUGAAGAGAGUUGGUGGUGCAUAUGGAGCUAAAAUAACUAACAGUACAUUGGUAGCUUGUGCAUGCUCAUUAGCAGCGCAUAAAUUACAGAAACCAGUGAGAACAGUAGUAGAUCUUCAAACAAAUACAAGAUCUUUAGGAAAGCGCUGCAUGUUCCUUUUAAAAUAUGAGGUAGGAGUGGAUGACAAUGGUCAAAUUCAGUACUUAAACGCAGAUCUUUAUGAAGAUAUGGGCUGUACUUUUAGUGAUAAUGUUCUAAUAUUUACAACAGAUGGUAUCAAAAACUGUUACGAUUUCUCAAGCUGGACAUUGAAUUUCUAUUUAGUUAAAACAGACAUACCGUCAACAACAUGGACCAGAGCGCCAGGUACAUUAGAAGGAAUGGCUGCAAUUGAACACAUUAUGGAACACAUCGCAACUGUUUGUAAGAAGGACCCGCUCAGCGUAAGGAGGAUAAAUUUCGCUGAAAGCUCUUCUGCUAUGAUCAAUGAAACUUUACAGGAAGUUCUAGUAAGCUCAGAUUAUGAAAAGAGACUUUCUGCAGUGAACCAAUAUAAUAUGAGUAAUAGAUGGAGAAAGAGAGGUAUUUCUGUAAUGCCAAUGAAAUUUGAUGUAAUAUUUUAUCCUGUAUUCCACUCAGCUGUAUCUAUUUUUGCUGAUGAUGGAACAGUAGCUAUCUCAUCAGGUGGAAUUGAGAUAGGUCAGGGAAUAAACACAAAGGUGGUUCAAGUUUGUGCAUACGCAUUAGGAAUUGAUAUGAACAUGAUCAAAAUUAAACCCUGUUACAAUGUCAUUUCUCCAAAUGACAAGCCUACAGCAGCUAGUAUAGGAACUGAUACCAUAACAUAUGCAACAUUGAAAUGCUGUGAGGAACUUAAUAGAAGAUUGAAACCAAUCAGAGAUAAACUGGUCAAUCCUUCAUGGAUGGAUAUAAUAAAAAGGGCCAACCUCGUAGGAGUUGACUUACAUGCAUCUUAUAUGUAUAACAUGCAAGAUCCAGUUCCAAAACCAUACUCAGUAUACGGAGCAACAGCUCUUGAAGUAGAAGUGGACAUUUUGACUGGACAGUAUCAGAUAGUAAGAGCUGAUAUUGUAGAAGAUGCAGGAGAAAGCUUGAACCCUUUAAUGGACCUGGGACAAAUUGAAGGAGCUUUUAUAAUGGGACUAGGGUACUUGUCAAGUGAGAGGAUUGUGUACGAUGAUAGGGAUGGAGCCUUAUUAACAACUAGAACUUGGAAUUAUUGGCCGCCAGGACCAAAAGACAUACCAAUUGACUUCAGAGUUACAAUAAAAAAGAAUGCAACCAAUCCACUUGGAACAUUACGUUCAAAAGCUACUGGCGAACCUCCACUUUGUAUGUCCCUCACACUCAUCAAUGCCUUGAGACAAGCUGUUAAAUCAGCAAGAAAGAACGCUGGACUUAAAGAUGAAUGGUUUGACUUCAAUCCACCCUGCACAUUUGAAAAAACAUUCCUUACAGCUGGGACUUCAUCGAAGCAAUACACAUUAUAAUUUUCUGUGAAUAUGUAAUGUUACUAAAGUGAUAAUACUGUUUAAUAUUUUUUUAGUUAUAUUCUUGUAUGGCUCUUUCUCUACUUCAUUACUAAGUUGAUAUUGAAAGAACUAUUUUUUUACUGAAAUUUACUGAUUUUAUUAAUAAAGACUGUCAAAUAUAUAAAUGUAUACAUCCAGAAAAAGUCAAAUUUAGAAUUAAAAGAUAUCAGUUCAUGUUUAAGAAUCGUAACAAAAAAUAUACAUAGAAAUUCUUUUAAAACUAUUUGUGAUCAACUAGUUAGUUUUCAUAAAGAUUGAAGAGUAAAAUUUUUUAUUUGAAAAUUUUUUAAAAUCAUACACUGAUUUAAAUUUUUAUUAUAGCCAAG